AACAUGACGCGUGAUGACGUCCCGACGCUAGCAGCGUAAACAAAACCAUGUCGCUAAGACAGAGGAAAGCGGUACAGAUAGCAAGAUUCUUCCGAAUAGCUUUCAACGUUGCUUAACUGCACGCUAGCGCCUGGGAAAAUAACAAACAAAACAAAAAAACACUGAAUAGUUUUCUAUAUUUUUUUUCAAUUUACCGAAGUUUUUGAGCGAGUUCAGCUUGUCUCCUUACGUGUUUAGCUAGCUUAGCCUAGCUUACACCGUAUGAAAUGAACGGCCAGGCAGACGUCGAAGUCGACUACAAGCGAAAAUACAAGAACUUGAAAAGAAAGUUAAAAUUUUUGGUUUAUGAACACGAAUGCUUCCAGGAGGAGCUGAGGAGGGCACAGAGAAAGCUACUGAAAGUGUCCCGGGACAAAAGCUUCCUUCUGGACCGACUGCUCCCCUAUGAGAGGGUAGAUGAAGACUCCUCAGAUUCUGACGCGACCGUGUCCUCGGAAAACAGCGAGGGAGAAGUACUACGAGAAGGAGCAAAGAAGCGAAGAAGCAGCCCCAGCCCGUGUAUAUCGUCAUCGCCCUCGUCUCAUCUCUCCCUGCUGUCCCGUCCAGGCGCGCACCCGUUACAGUCCUCCGGCUCCGGAGCUUACCUCAACACCUGUGCUCAUACUGCCGGGCAGAUGCCCUUCCCACCUGAGUAUUUGGCUCCCCCUGCUGAACGACUGAAGAAAGAGCGGAAAACAAAGGCGCCCAAAAGCAAGAGAGAUCCAACGGGGAAGGUGGCAGCGGCACACAUGACGGCCGCUUACCCAUCGGGCCCGGCAGCAGCUUCGACGGCCGGCGCCCCGUUCAGCUGGGUCCCACGACAGAUGCUCAGCGGGGACGCCGCCGAGGAGGACGGCGAGAGCGACGUUGACAGCGAGCGAGGAGAUGAAGACCGAGGCGAGGGCGAUGAGGCCGAGUUGGUCAUUGACAUCCCCAACGAGUGAGUGAAUAUACAAUAUGCGUGUAAGGCACGCCUUCUCGCGUUAUAGCAACCGAGCCUCGCCAUCAACAAUGUUUGGAUUUCUGUCAAAAAAAGUUGUUUUUCUGAGGCUUACUGAGCAGCUUUAGCGUUAUGCUGCCUCUUGGUGGCCAAGGGGUGCCCACCAGAAGGAGAGGCACAAUGUCUGUUGAAUUGUAGCAAAAACAGUCCCAUUCUUGACAUUCAAUAAAAUAAAGUCAUUGCUUUAAAGUCUU